AUGGAGGAGAAUCGUCAGGCGGCGGUGCAACGUGCAGAUAACGAGGAGGAUAGACGGCACCAGUUGAGGCUGCAGAACCUUGCCGCACUCAAGGAACAGAUCAAGGCACAUGAAACCGCAAAGAUUAUGGAAGCAGAGCGUAUCGAGGAGGAGAGUAUACGCGUGAACCAGGCCAACAUAGCGAUGCAGAUAGAUGAGGCGCAGAAGCUGAAAGAAAAACACGCAAGACAGGCCAAACUGAAGGAAAUUCUCGAUCAGGGUAACGCGGAGCUGCUGUACUACAAGCAGCUGCAGAUGGAGGAGGAGCGCAUCAUGGACCUGAGGAUCGCCAACUUCCUGAAGCAGCGACAAGAGCGCGAGGCGCGCAACCGCGCCGACGCCGACGCCGUCAAGGCCGCCAAGCAGAAAGGGAUCGACCACAUCGCCAAGGCUCAGAAGGCAGAGCAAGAGUUGAAAGAAGAGCUCGACAGGAUUCGCAACUUGAAGAUCCAAGAGGACGUGGAAAGAGAAUACCGACGAAAAGAGAGAGACGCCGCCAUCAGAAGGAACAAGGAGAUGAAACAACUGCACGAAGCUAGAGUACAACAGAUUCACGAUAUUCACCGUCUGAUCGCACGGGAGAUCGCUAAAGACGAGCAGAGUUUCAACAACGCAGCGCGUCAAAACGAAGAGUUCAUACAGAAGGAGAAAGCGGUGAGUGCCAUCUGUUAGCUAGGGUUGCCAAGCUUUAUCUUGGAUUUCCUUGCCAGAUACCGGGCGCGGACCACGUCAGAGGGUAUAAGGGUGGUUUUUGUCAGGUAGGCCAACAGCACUGGACCGUCGUCCCUUGCAAAUGGAGAGCCCCGGUUAAGACCGUCGUCGUCCUAGUCGAUAAAAUGUUAAGGUCAGUUCUUUUCGGUGUAAAAAAAGGUUUGCCAAGUCUUGGGGCGGGUCCAUGUGGAUGAAAAGUUACACGCUCCCCCUGCCACCAAUCAAGCGGCGGGGACAAUGCAUUCCCCUACGAUAUAAAAAAGGCCGUGUUUUCUCAAUAGACUUGUUUUUGACAGUUUUUAGGCAACGUCCUGGUUUUCUUAUAUUUUUCAAAAAACCUUGUUUUUAACUACCUACACUCUGACCAGUCAGACACCUUGGUCAGUUAACAACAAAAAUGUAAAAAAAAAUAUCUUUGUCAUUAAUGAUGAUUCCAGUUGGAUGAAAAACGAAAGGCGCGCGUCGAACGUCACCGGCAAGAGAUCAUGA